AUGCACGCGUCAGUGCCAGCAGCAAGACCACCUGCCAACGCGACAGCAGCUGCCCGGCCGUUCAUCGCGUUCGCACUCCUCGCACUCGCGCUGUACUCUUUGCUGGCCCAUUGGGAACAACACGGCGCAGAGGCUCCCAAGUUCAGCACAGACGGCAGCCAAGUGGCAUUCGAGAUCAAUAUGGCCGCGUCCAAGGCGCAAGAGGCGGUGGUGACGGGUACCGGCGAGGUCGACAUUGCGACCGGGUCGAGCGGGUCCAAGUAUAAUUCUGCAAAGCACCCGAGGCGUGUGGUUGCACACUUUAUGCUGGGUAACACGUACCCCUUCACAGAAUCGGACUGGGCGCGCACCCUUCACUACGCCGAGAAGACGUCGCUCGACGCACUGGUCCUCAACCUCGGCCCGGAGGAAUGGCAGCUCGAGCAGGCCAGGGUGGCAUACAAGCUCGCAGAGACCCGGAUAGACAAGGCAGGCCGUCACGAGCGUCCAGUCCGCCUCUUCCUUUCACUCGACAUGAACGUUCUUCCGCACAAGACGCUGGAGGACGCACACAAGCUCGCCAUGCACAUUGCUCCGCUCAUCAGCAGCCACGCAGCGCUGCGCCGCGGCCACCACCCUAUCCUGUCCACCUUUGGCGGCGAGGACGCCGAGUGGGGCAAGAAUGGCUGGCCCGGGUUCAUCGCCGAGGUCAACCGUCUUGUUCGCGCUCAGAUCUUCUUCUGGCCAGGAUUCUUCGUGUCGCCCGAAGAGUUUAAGAACAACCCGCUGGUCGGAGGCUCGUUCGUUUGGAACUCGGCUUGGCCCGAUGGAAACCACCCCAUCCGUCACCACCACGACGCUCCCUUCCUCGACAUUGGCAAGCCGUACAUGGCCGCCAUCUCCCCGCUCUUCUUCACCCACUAUGGUAAGACUGGGCAGUUUGCGUUCGACAAGAACUGGAUCUACCGCUCCGACGACCUUCUCUACCCUGCCCGCUGGGGUGGCAUUAUGGAGUACAAGAAGGAAAAGGCGCCCGAGAUGGUCCAGGUCAUCUCAUGGAACGACUAUGGCGAGAGCCACAACAUUGGGCCCGUUAUGGGUGCCGAGCCUGGAAGCACGGCAUGGACGCACCGCAUGAACCACGACGCGUUCCGCGAGAUGACCGGCUACUAUGCCCGCCGCUGGCGCGACGGCACCCCGCACGUCAACGACGAGUUUAUCGUCUGGAUGUGGUACCGCACCCACUCGAAGAACGUUGUCGUCAAGCACGACCCCGUCGGUCGUCCGCAGAACGCAGACUGGGCGCAGGACUACGUCAACGUCGUCGUCAUCUGCCCCAAGGGCAUCGAGUCGCCUCGCCUCGAGUUCCACAACGGCCCGGACAGCAAGACGGGCGUGCACCGCGACAUUCCAAUCGCCUCUGGCGACGCGACCCAGACACUGUUCGAGUUUGUCCCUGGCCACGUCCAUUUCACGCUCAAGUCCAAGGCUGGCGUGCACAUUAACGGCACCGGCCACGAGAUUCUGCCCAACCACCGCGUCAUGCUGUACAACUUCAACAUGUGGAGUGGCCAGUGGCUCGCUGCGUCGACGACGGUGCUCGACCCGCCCGCCAAGCCCGAGGACACGCCUGCGCCCGAAACACACAUUGUCGUCGGCGGCCACCCGACGGAUAACGUCGACGAAGGGUCGGCGGGCAAGGAGGGAUCCACGCACGGUCACCGUCCGUACAUGGGCCCGCCCAGCUAG